UCUCUAUAUUUCUCAAUAUUUUAUCACGGCGGCCAUUUCAAGUGCAAAUGGUCAGUAUUUCAGCCGAACGCCAUCGUCUUUUGUUAUAUGAUACGACCGUUACUUCUUAAAUUAUCUAUACACUCUGUUACGUGUUACAAUUUUACAAAUAUUUUAUAAUCACAAUACACAUUCACCUAUAACUUGGUUAUUUACAUUACUGGGCGUUUGAUCUGUCUUUACAAGAGAAUCACCAUGAUUUCAGAAAGGAGUUUAACAUUAAUUUCCAGCAAGAUGGGAGCUAAAAAAAACUGUUGUGGUUUUUAAUAAUCUUAGUGGUGACAGUCUUGGCAGUUAUGAUAUCAAAACGGAUUAAUCUGCUAAAGGAAACAUCGCAGUUGGAAAAUAUAUAUCAUAAAGACAUGAAGAAGUCAGUACAAUUGGAAAAUAUAAAUUAUAUAGACAUAAUGUCAACACUGAAUAGAGAUAAGGUUGUCUUUAACGACAGAACAUUGAUAUCUAUCGUGCAGAAGUAUUAUGUACAACCUCCGUCUAUGCUGCCAUACAACCUUUCUCAUUCUGAAAUACAGAAUCCGUCACCCGGGCAAACACAGUUCAUAGACGAGUAUUUGAAUCAUAAGCGAAAUGGAUUUUAUGUCGACUGUGGAGCUUUCGAUGGUGAACGUUUAUCAAACAGUUUGUUUCUUGAACGGUAUCGCAACUGGACUGGUAUUGUUAUUGAACCUAACCCUACAACAUACGGUUCGCUGCGACAGAAACACAGAAAAGCAUAUUCUCUCAAUGCUUGUCUUUCAACAAACAAAUAUCCUUCACUUGAAACAUUUUUCUCCGGAAGGAAGGCUGUUCUAGGAAAAGUUCUAUACGAUCGAUAUAAAAUGAAAAACAGUGCAAGAAAGCUGAUCCAGGUGCAGUGUUUCCCACUUUAUACAAUAUUGUUAGCAAUUGGCAAGAUGGAUAUCGAUUAUUUCAGCCUAGAUGUUGAAGGCGCAGAGCGUGGUGUUUGUUCUUGAUACAAUACCAUGGGACAAACUUAAUAUUAAAAUGUUCUCAAUAGAGCACAACAAAUGGGUUGGAGGAAAACAGCAUUUGAAACGUUAUAUGGAAACAAAAGGAUACAAUUUUGUGAAAGAAAUUCGAGUUAAUGUUGCUCCAGAUUUCAUAUUUGUGAGAAGGAAACUCUAGUGUUUAACACAAACCUAAAACUGACUGGUAAAUAAUGUUUUAAUUUUAAUGAAUUAUAAAUUCACGCUUUCGUAAUAGUAGCUGUCAGUUUUCUGGAAGUAAUUUAGAGCUCUCAAAAUGUUGUGGGAAAACAAACUUGGCAAUAGUUUCAAAGCUAUUGUAAUUUUGAUGAACAUAUUUCAAGGCCGUAUUCUACAUUUAGAUGAACAAUUUUUUGUCAGAGCAUUUUGACGGAAACAAUUAAUUUUAUGUAUAUACAUGUAUAAUGGUGUUGGUAUGUAUUAUUUAUGUAAUGGUAAUUUCAUCAAACAUCAAACAAAGUGUUUCGUAAUAUGUCGGCUGUAAACAAUUCAGUAAAAUGCAUACACAUUAGAAUAGCACAGAACAGAACAAACACUUUAUCUAUUAUUAUAUAUUGAACAUUUACAGUUCGUCGUUACAUGAGAACAAAAUUACACUGUAAUGAUUUGUUGGCUUGUGACUGUCUUUAUUGCCGAUGUUUUAAUUACUUUAUCAGCGUAUCAAUUGCUUUUAUAAAAGGAAAAUUAUAUUUAUUCCAAUAGAUAUUAUAUCACAUUUACAUAGCUCUACAUUACAUUUAUGUGAUUUUCACAUUUAAAACGGCAUAUGUUAUGCACAGUGGUACUUUGAUAUAACUUUGUACUUUCUUUUUUUAAGAAGGGACGCUUUUCAGUGUUUACAGUAAAUAGUUUAUAGUUCUUAUUCCGAUAAAUAUGGCUAGAAGGGAAAUCAGUUUCGACUUCCGUUUUAAAGCCGGUUUUUACAUCAACUAAAACAUUUUCAAAUGAUGCCUUUACACCGCAUUUAGGCAUGGAUAUGUUUACAACCAAGAAUUAUAGUGAGAAUAUAAUUCAUUUGAUAUGCUUCACGUUUCGAUAUCACCUUUUAGGGAGUAUUGCUAUAAGAUAUAGUAUGUGUGGGUUUGGCCUUUGGGAGUCAUGAUACUGGCACAUGUUUCCCUAUAUCUCCCCCUUAGUUGUUAGUCGUGACAACAUCUCAGCUGCACAGUACCAACAUGGAGUUUUGCUUCCCAUUGCCAUUCCACACAUUUACCUGUCGUGUACCGUAUAACCAGAUUGCAAAAGCCUCGAAAGCUCCUCCCAAACAACGUGAUAUUCAUCUUUUUGAUUGCAAUU